CGCGAGCAUUUGACGUUCGAUGCAACAUCCUAUAGAAAACUUUCCCGGCGAGUGCCGCAUUAGGGAAGCUCAUUGCGGUCGUUGUGUAUCGCAAGGAAGAAAUCGAAACGUUUUGAAACCAUGAAGGAAGCUUUCGGACGAGCCAGGGAGAUAGAGAAGGGCCGCUAACCCGUCGUUCCGUACUGGCAUAUUCUACCGCGUGCGGGCGUAGAAGCCGGAUCAAGGCUGUGGCCGCGGGACGACGCGUCGGCGGAGUCAGACAAAUGGGAUAUAGUCUGUUUCACCAGCUACCUCGUCACAAGAAAGGAGAAGUCCACGGAACUGCUCGGGACUCUCAAUUCUUGCUGGCCAGAAAAUACAGUGCUUGAAGAGCAAAUGUUGAUGUUGCUGUUGAUCCAUUCGUGAAACUUGAACUGCUCAACUGCUGCGUAGUCCGGUCAAUGCUCGACUGUAGGAACUACGGUGAAGUGAGUGAUAUCGUCUUUGCCUGCGUUGUAAAGUAAGACUCGGAUGAUGACAACCCUGCGGGACAGCAAUUGACAGUUCCUCUCGCCUCUUUAGCCUCUGCUGGUAUCUUUCAUGGCUCGUAUACUGAUCACAGGUUCAUCCGACGGCCUCGGAUCGUUGGCAGCUCGUGCCUUGGUCCAGCGCGGCCACUCGGUCGUGUUACACGCGAGAAACGACCAGCGAGCACAAGACGCCCGAACCGCGUGUCCUGGCGCUGAGACCUGCCUGGUUGCAGACCUUUCUGAUUUGUCCCACACGAAGAAGCUCGCGGAGGAUGCAAACCGCCUAGGACCCUUCGAUGCGGUCAUUCACAACGCAGGCGUGUACACUGGUCCGUACCGCAAGACGAAGGAAGGCUGGCCCAGCAUUGUCGCAGUCAAUACCAUUGCCCCCUAUGUUCUGACAUGCCUGCUCCAACCGAAGCCGAAACGUCUUGUCUUUGUGUCCUCGGGGCUUCACAGCGGUGGCGAUGCUACGUUGAAGGACUUUACAUGGACUGAACGCGGUGAACAAGGGUUUCAAGACUUUCAGGCGUAUGCUGACACCAAAUUGCACAAUAUCCUGCUUGCCUCUGCUUUUGCAAGAAGAUGGCCUAGCGAGCAGAGCAAUUCCUUGGAUCCCGGUUGGGUGCCAACGAAGAUGGGGGGCAGAUCAGCCUCGGGGGAUCUUAAUGCUGCCGUGGAUACAUACGUCCUGCUUGCCGAAGGUGAGGGUCCCGCCAAGGGAAUAUCGGGCAAAUACUGGUAUCAAUCCAAGGUCCGAUUUCCGAAGAAAGAGGCGGAAGAUAUAAAAGUUCAAGACCAUUUGUUGAAGCAGCUGGAGGGACUCACUGGUAUCAAAGUGCAAGAUCCAUGAAUAGGUGUGUACAGGAAUGAUAGACACGAGGAUACGAUUUGAGUAGGUUGCAGUAUGAGAUCCGUGUCAAAGUGUA